UCCACCCCCUGGACGCUGGUGCCGGUUCAGGCCCUCUGUGGCCUGGCCCGGGCCCUGCUGCCAUGCCUGCCGCAGGGAGACCGCCGGCCUGAGGCCCGGGCUCGGCGAGUGGAGGGGACUCCCCCGCAAAGAAAGACACGGGUCCCACCCAGAACCCGCCACUCUGAGCCACGGCCAGAGGCCCAGCACCCCAGCCCCCGUCCCCCCUCACUGGCCAGGCUCCGCUCGCCCCCUCACCCAUCCACUUGCCCAUGUGCCAGCCAGCCCUGGCACAGCACCCAGUCCGCGCCACUCAGGACCCACUGAGCGGGGAGGACACACCCUUGCCUCCCGCCUGGGCUCUCACUGGCCGGGUCCUGAUGGGCAGGUCGGCCCGCCCCUGCGGGUGCCCUGCCGGGAGACAUAAAGCCUGCCAGGCUGCUCCUGGGGCACCUCUGCCGUCGCCAUGAAGGGGAGCAGCACCCUCCUGCUGGUGGCCGCCACCCUGCUCUGCACCUGCGGGCUGGCCGCGGACGAGGACAACAGCGAGUUCUUCAUGGAAUUCCUGCAAACGCUGCUGGUGGGGGACCCGGAGGAGCUGUACACCGGGCCCCUGGCCAAGUACGAGGUCAACGCGGCGUGCAGGGAGGCGCUGACCACGCUCAAGUCCUGCAUAGACGGCCUGCAGCCCACGCACAAGGCAGAGCUGAUCAAGCUGCUGGUGCUUGUGCUGGGCUGAGCACGGCGCCGAGGGACCCGGAUGUGGCCACGAGCAGCCACAAGACCAGCUACACGAGCCGCCGUGGCCACGCCACCCACUGCCACUUCCCCAGCGUGAUUUUAUCCACAACCGUUCAAUCAAUAAAGCCUCCUGCA